AUGACCAGCGCGCACGGCCUACCCAAAGUCUGUGCGUACGAGUCCGUGCGUAAAGUUGAUGACCUCCUUGGCGCGGCUCCUUUCCGUGAGCGCUCUGAGGUGCGCCGCUGCGUGGAGUCUGGUAUAAACAAACUUUUACGCACAACAAAAGCGCGCGCUGCCUCCUCGUUUAUCUCCGUCCAGGUGUCAUGUGCAGUGGGCGGUGUGUGGCUGCAGCAGCGGGAGGAGGAGGAAGAGCAGCUCGCCGCACUGAUCGCCAUCGCGACGCAGGCCGAGAUGGAAGCGUUUGUGCGGGGCGUCCAGAGCAGACUCACGGAGGAGCUGUGGGACUCUCCGGUGCAUGUGGUCCUUGGGGGUCCUCAGCCUGAUGUGGACACGGUGGCUGCAACACUGUGCCUAGCUCUGCAUCUCAGCCUGAAGCAGCAGUCAGACGUGCUGGUGGUCCCAGUGCUGUGCGGAGGAGAUGUGCCCCAAGACACAUGCUCUCUACUGGCCACACUGGGACUAAGUAAGGGUCUACUGCUCAGGAGGGACCACCUGGACCUGCUCUCACUGCAGGAGCGACGUCCGCUGACCCUCACGCUGCUACGGGACGGACUACUGCAGGGCUCUGAGCUCCGUGCUCUGCAGCCCUCGGUCCGGCGCGUGGUCCACAGCGGAGACCCGGAGAGCGCGGGGUCCUUGGCGCUGAUGACGGUGGCCCGGGAGAUUCUUCAAGAGGCACCAGAGCACGUCGGCCUGCCGCUGGGGCCCACGCUGAGAGAAGCCUUGCUGCUGCAGAGAGAGGCGCUGUGGCUCCAACAUGGCCAACACUCUGAAGAAGUGGAAGAAAUCCUCAGACUCUUGGAGCAAGUCAGACACAGGAAACCAGCUAAACUGCCAGACUGGGAGCAGCUCCUGACCAAAGAGCCCAAAGAGUUUUCCGACGGUGAGAUGACUAUUGUGCUCACGGCGGUCACCACAGAAACAAAGCCGAGUGUGAAGCAGCUGGGAUGA